AUGCUAGUAGCAGUUUCCUUAGAAACAGUUCGACUGCAGAUCCAGGCCAAAUGCCGGGAGGUUACAUUUUCGCGCAUUUUAUCACAGAUUCAGAAACAAGAAAUGCUUAGUUCAAGUCAGAGAAAAGUGGAAAAUUUAGUAUUAGAUGGUUACAGUGUUUUUAUUUCUGGAGAAGCUGGUAGUGGAAAAUCCUUUUUCCUUCGGUCAACGAUAAAGAAGCUCAAAGAAGCUUUUGGAUUCAGCCGUGUAGCUGUAGCUGCUCCUACAGGAAUUGCCGCCGUGAAUGUAGGUGGCACAACGAUCCAUUCCUUUGCRGGAAUUGGGACUGGCUCUAAGGGAGCUCACGAAUUAAUUUCAAGGAUCCAGGCCAAUCCUGACGUUGUAACGAGAUGGAGGAACUGCUCUGUGUUGGUUAUCGACGAAAUAUCAAUGCUCAGUCGAGAAUUAUUUGAAAAGCUCGAGCUGAUCGCACGAAGUCUCAACGACAAUACCAAGCCCUUCGGUGGCAUUCAGUUGAUUUUCUCUGGAGAUUUUUACCAGCUAAAGCCUGUCGUAACUGACGAAGGCGAGACAAGUGAAGAAGACAUUUACUGCUUUGCUAGCCCCUUGUGGAACGAUUGCAUAGAUUCGUCUUUAUUUUUCAGUGAAAAUUACAGACAAGAAGAAGUCGAACUGAAACUGCUUCUUCACGACCUUCGAAAAUCUGGUAGAAAAUCACGCAAGUGCUCCCAUUGUCACAAGUCUGGCCAUCGCAAGACAUACAAAGGAAAGAUUACCUGUCCCGUGCUAGCUGCAAAUCAAGAACUGCCUUAA